GAGUACAGCUGGACGGGUUCGAGCCUCUGCGCCGGCUCUCUCUGCUGCUGAGCUUUGAACAAGUAGCUUUAGGAGCACGUUGUUGUUGGCUGUGGGGAUAAGACCAGUUACUGGCGUGCAAAGGGUUGAUCACUGACCUGAAGUGGAAAUCGGGGCGCAGAAGUCAACUCAGAUUUUGCACUUGGAACGCAAUGCCAAGCGCCUGUCAAGGCCAGGUUCUAGUUUGGACCCUAGCUUGGGGUAGGGUUUCAGUAAGCGGAAGACAGAUGUGGACUUCCUGGGCUGUGCUUCCGUUGGUACUGGACAGUGGACUCUGACCUGGGACAGUGCAACCCUCCACCUCCCUCUCCUGUCGCCUACUGUCCCUGACAGGCCAGCCAUGCUGUCCCCUAGGGCUGUGUUGUUCACUCUGCUCUUGACAACCAGUUCGCUGACCCAAAGGGCUCGAAAGCCCUCUAGGUCUACAUCCCCCAUCAGCACCAUCCAGGCCCAGGCCAAUUUCAAUGCUCAACAGUUUGCAGGGACAUGGUUCCUUGUGGCAGUGGGCUCUGCGUGCCGCUUUCUUCAGGAGCAGGGCCACCGGGCUGAGGCCACCAAAUUGCACACAGCUCCUCAGGGUGCAGCUAUGGCUGUCAGCACCUUCCGAAAGCUAGAUGGGAUCUGUUGGCAGGUACGCCAACUCUUUGGAAAUACAGGGGUCCCUGGUCGAUUCUUGCUCCAAGGGGCUCGUGUGCCAGUGCAUGUGGUUGUUGCUGAGACUGACUACCAGAACUUUGCCAUCCUGUAUCUGGAGAAGGCGAGGAAGCUGUCUGUGAAACUCUAUGUCCGCUCAUUGCCAGUGAGUGAUUCUGCCCUGGAUGUGUUUGAGCAGCGAGUCAGGGGAGCCAACCUGACAGAACACCAGAUCUUUUUCUUUCCCAAGUAUGGUUUCUGCGAGACUGCGGACCAGUUCCACAUCCUGAAUGAGUUACCGAGAUGAGGCCACCUGGUGGGGAAGCUGUGGACAGUGGACUGGCCUUCCAGAGUUCUGAGAAUCCUGAACCUUGGAGUCUCUCCUGUUUGUCCCUAGAAGCAACCCCUUCAUAUAUCUGUGUUGUUCUGGGGCUUUCCAGUAAACAUCAGACUUGGCCAUGGA